AUGGUCACCACUCGCUCCCAAGACAAGAUGACUUUUGCCGACAAGAUCAGAGCUCAGGGCUUUUCGCUCGCGGAUUGUAAGUUUUUCAAGUUAAAUGCCCUGUUCCCGAUUAUGCUGGGCCUCGCGCACGCCACGUGUGCGCUCUGGUGCGGCUCGGGCCUCGCGGCGGCCGUCGUCGCCGCGAUUCCCGUCGCCGACGUCGAGAAGGUCCCGCUCUUCACCGUCUUCGCACUACCCGUCUACGCCAUCCUCCUGUCCAUCGUAGCUCUAGAGGGCCUGGCGGCGCUCGCGCCCAACGGUUCGCCAACCGCGUAGCAUUCAGAUUCUAUUGUGCCACACAGCCAGAUCGAGACUCAAUUCCACUCAGGUUACCAGUCCCAGAUCGGCCGCGCGGCCAAGGCGCCCGGCGCCAUCGAGGAGCUCGGCUUCCCGGGCUCGGGCUGGAUCGAGCGCGUCCAGUCCUCGCAGUAUAACACAUGGGAAUCCGCCAUCCUCGCCGUCUGCUGCUUCUUCGUCGGCAUCGAGGAGAAACUUACGCCUUCGCUCUUUUCCGAGCUCGCGGCGCUCCUCCUCGUCUGCCGCCUCGUCUACCCGCUGCCCUACGCGCUGGACGUCGACCUCGUCCGCACGCAAGUCUGGCUCACGGGCCUCUACGUCGCGGUCCGUGCAGAAAUCAACCUAUGCUCGCCGAGUAGGACCACGGAUCGAUUCCACACAGGCCACGAUAAUGGUCGCGGCCUGCGCACUGUAUCCCGAGACGAUGCAGCCGUUCUUCGCUUAG